AUGGCGACAGGUAGGCACGACUUGUCACAUUUACCGAUCUGCACACAAAUUUGGUUUCCCGCCCUGUGCCUCCAUUCCCACUCCAACCCCGCCAAAUACACACACACACCCUCUAACCCUGCUCCACCUCAGCAUUCCCACAGGUCCUCUCUCCAGUCGGGCAGUAGUCACAAGGCCUGGAAACAAUCUGUUGUGACAACCGGCCAUCUGGCGUGGUCAUCAAAAUCACUUCAUGCUAAGCCGGUCUUCUUUUUUUCAGCCUUCGUCACACCCUCAAGCUUCAGAAAUAUCCCUCUGCUCCUCUUUUCUGGUCUACUUCAUCUUGACUUCCAAGCCCUCUCUCCCCCCCUUCAUCCUCUUCUAAUUUAG